AUGACGCCUUCAUCACCGAGCUGGAGACCAAGAGUGAUUAUAUUCGACCUCCUUACCGCCCUGUUGGAUUCUUGGAGUCUGUGGGAUGCGUCCACGCCGUCCGCAACCGCAGCAGAGGGACGAAUUUGGCGUGCACGCUAUUUAGAGCUGACAUUCAGCACUGGCGCUUACAUCCCGUAUGAGCAGCUCGUUCAUCAGGCUGCAAAGGACCCAUGGCCCGAAGAUGCCCAAGUGUUGGAGCAGUUGAGACUGCGAGGUUAUAAACUCGGCGUAGUUACCAAUUGUUCGAAACGUCUGGGAACUAUUGCCGCGGAUAUAGUUGGAAAAUUCGACUCUAUUGUCACCGCAGAAGAGAGCGGCUUUUACAAGCCUACCGAACAAGCCUACCAGGCUAUCUUGACGAAGAUGGGUGUUCAGUCCCAGGAGGCAUUGUUUGUUGCAGGCAGCGCAGGAGAUGUUGAGGGCGCAACAAACGCUGGCAUGAAAGUUGUUUGGCAUAACAAGGUUGGGCUAUCGAGAAAGGGUGAAUCGGUUCCGCUCAAGGAGGCUACUCGUCUGGAUGAUGCUUUGUCCGGCUUUAUGUAA